AUUUGCUCGGCUGUUUGGUUGGCACGGACAUGAGGAGUGUAAGAUCUCCGCUCCUGUACGGGCUCCCGGGCUGGACUCUGUUCCUGCUCCUCAUCCAGUCAUCGGUCAUCAGCUCGCACCCCGCUGCAACUUUGAGAGCUACGGAUUAUGGAGAAAUGUCCAAUCAGAGAGAGAGAAGGGCAGCAGGGGAACCCUACUGGGCGUAUUCAGGGACCCAUGGACCAUGGAGAUGGGCAUCAAUGUACCCUGAGUGUGGGGAGAGGAAUCAGUCACCUGUUGACAUUCGCAGUGAAACCGCUCGGGUUUCUCAGGAGUGCCAGGAGCUCACACUGGAGGGCUUUGAGAUCAAGUCGUCUAACAGAACUACUAUGAAGAACACUGGCAAAACAGUCUCUAUUCUUUUGAAGAAUGACUACUUUGUGAGGGGAGCGAAUCUACCUGGGCGCUUCAAGGCAGAGAAGGUGGAGUUUCACUGGGGCCACAGCAAUGGAUCAGCAGGAUCAGAACACAGCAUUAAUGGAAAGCGGUUUCCAGUUGAGAUGCAGAUUUUCUUCUAUAAUUCAGACGACUUUGACAGUCUCAGCACUGCAAUAAAGGACAGGAGAAUCAUCGCUGCCAUGGCUGUCUUCUUUCAGGUAGGCAGAAAGAACAAUCCAGCAGCUGAGCCCAUUAUUUCAGGUCUCAAACGGGUUGUUCAUCAUGAAAAGGAGACGAACCUUGGACCUGUCAUACUACGGGAUCUGCUGCCGUCCUCUUUGGGGAGCUACUAUCGUUACACUGGAUCCCUGACUACUCCUCCGUGUAGUAAAGUAGUGGAGUGGAUCAUUUUUAACCGACCAGUUUAUCUUUCCUACCAUCAGUUAGAAGCAUUCUACUCCAUCUUCACUACUGAGCAGCAGGACCAUGUAAAGUCGGUGGAGUACCUCAGAAACAACCAUCGGCCCAUUCAAGCUCUGGAUAAUCGACUCAUCUUUAAAUCAGCAGUGAAGGAUGCCUGGCUUCCAGACCCUAUGGCUGAUGGACACGGUCCCACAGACACAGAGACCUCCAGAGUCUGCAGCAGCAUCCCUGACAACAUGAAGGCUCAUCCGCUGAACCGAACGGCACUGGUGCUGACCUGGGAUCGACCCUCGAUCGUAUACCACCCACCCCUUUUAGGCUUUCUUGUCUCCUACAGCUGGGAUAAGGACGGCAUUGCCUUUGAGAAGACCUUCACCCAGACCAGUGAGCAGCACCCUAGAGCAGUGAUCACACGCAUGUCCCCAGAUGUGCUGUAUCUCUUUAGAGUACAGGCUUUGUGUCAGAAAGACCAGCGCAGUGACUUCAGCCAGACACUUUUAUUUAGAGCUAACACUACACGGAUAUUCCAAGGGACAAGAAUUGUAAAAACAGGAAUGCCUACGGUGUCCCCGGGUUCCACUGCAGACAUGGCUCCUAUUAGCUCCGGCUCCUCCACCUGGUCUUCCUCCGGCCUCCCUUUUUCAUUUGUGUCUAUUGCGACAGGCAUGGGUCCUCCAUCCAGCGGUGGGCCGACCACAAUGGCAUCUCUGGUCACUAGCACGCUAUUGGCCGGCCUGGGUUUUAGUGGCGGGGUGAUUUCUUCCCUCCCGGGAUCUCUUUGGCCCACCAGCUCGGGUCCUACCCCAACUCGCCAACCAGGUCCCCCCACUUCAGAGCCAUCCAAAACUGAAUCUAAUACUCUACCCUCAGAAGAGAGAGCGGGAACCAAAGAGGCGGAUGAGGAAGAGCACGAACGAGAGGGAGAAGAGAAUGAAGAUAACAAGGAAGACGGGAAGGAAGAAAAGAAAAAGAAAGAAAAGAAUGAAACUGUGGUUACAGACCAGGAGCAAAGUGAAGCUCAAAACACAACUGUUCCUGCGUCGGCCCCACCGGCUACAGAAAGAGGCAGAGACGAUGGGAUUGUGAACACUGAGACAUACACAGCGCCUCCUGGUGGCACAGAUGAGCGGAUCUCCACUGUUACUCUCAAUGCUUCAGUGGAAGAGGCAAGCCAACCAUUCUGGCUGCCGGAAAAUAACACGGCCGAUAUGCAGCUCGUCAGCAUCCCAACACAGUCCACAAAGCCAGCUAAUAAAGACAGAGGUCACUGGCCUUCCUACAUUCAUACUGGUAGGUCAGCCACACAGAAUCACUCAUGAUCCAACAAAAAACAAGCUGUAUUUAGAUCUUCAUCGACUAGGACGGAAUGGAUCAUCCCUGUGAUGGUGGUAUCAGCUCUGGCUCUCCUGUGCCUCAUCGUUCUGCUGUCUGUCCUGGUUUACUGGAGGAGAGUUUUCCGGACUAGUCAUCUGUACCUAGAGGACUGGAGCUCUCCUCGAGUAAUUCAAAAUGAAAGCUUACCUGCCCUCUUCAUACCUGAUUACCUGGAAGCCGUCUCAGUCAAACAGUUUAUCAAACACAUCAUGGAACUCUACGCCAACAACCAACAGGGCUUCUCUAAAGAAUUUGAUGAGGUUCAGCACUGUACAGGUGAAAUAAAGAUUGCAGCGGAGCACUCCAACCACCCAGACAACAAGCACAAAAACAGAUACAUCAACAUAGUUGCCUAUGAUCAUACUAGAGUGAAGUUACAUCCCCUACCUGGAAAAGAUUCCAAACACACUGACUACAUCAAUGCUAACUAUAUUGAUGGAUAUAACAGACCAAAGGCAUACAUUGCUGCUCAGGGACCUCUAAAGUCCACGUUUGAUGAUUUCUGGAGAAUGAUCUGGGAACAGAGCAUCAGUGUUAUUGUUAUGAUCACCAAUCUGGUGGAGCAAGGCAGAAGAAAAUGUGAUCAGUACUGGCCCUCAGAGAACAGUGAGGAAUAUGGAAGUAUAGUAGUGACACUAAAGAGCACCAAGAUGCAUGCAUGGUACACCCUACGCCACUUUCACAUACGCAACACCAAAGUCAAAAAGGGGCAAAGGGGAAGACAGAAUGAAAGAAUAGUUGUCCAGUACCACUACACACAGUGGCCAGAUAUGGGCGUGCCUGAGUACACAUUACCAGUGCUCACAUUUAUCUCCAGAUCUUCUGCAGCUGUGGCUCCAAACUCUGGCCCUGUGCUUGUGCACUGCAGUGCCGGAGUGGGGAGGACAGGCACGUAUAUCGUAAUUGACAGCAUGCUUCAGCAGAUAAAGGAGAAAGGCACAAUCAAUGUGUUGGGCUUUCUCAAACACAUCCGUACCCAGCGCAACUACCUUGUGCAGACAGAGGAGCAGUAUGUGUUUAUUCAUGAUGCUUUAAUGGAGGCUGUGUUUAGUAAAAUUACAGAGGUCCCCGUUCAGCAGCUGCACAGUUAUGUGAAGAGCAUCCUCACACCGAGCUCUAAUGGCACUACCCACCUGGAGAAACAGUUUAAGAUGUUAAUGCAGGGUAAUGCUCAGGACUGUUUCACUGCUCAGAAAGACUGCAACAAAGAGAAGAACCGCAACUCUUCAGUGGUGCCUUCGGAGCAAGCUCGAGUCACACUCUCUCCUCUCCGUGGAACAAAGAGCACAGACUACAUAAACGCUUCUUACAUAACGGGUUACUACAGGAGCAAUGAGUUCAUUAUUACCCAGCAUCCCUUGCCCCAUACAACUAUGGACUUUUGGAGGAUGAUCUGGGACCACAACGCUCAAGUCAUUGUCAUGCUGCCGGACAACCUUAGUCUAACAGAGGAUGAGUUUGUGUAUUGGCCGAGCAGAGAACAGGCCAUGAACUGUGUGGCGUUCACCGUCACACUCAUCAACACUAAUAAACUGUGUCUGUCUAAUGAAGAGCAGCUCAUCAUCCAUGACUUCAUCCUGGAGGCUACACAGGAUGACUAUGUGCUUGAGGUUCGGCAUUUCCAGUGUCCAAACUGGCCUGACCUCAGUGCUCCUGUGAGCCACACACUGGAGCUCAUCAAUAUCAUUAAAGAGGAGGCCAUAAGCAGAGACGGUCCCACUGUUGUACAUGACGAGUUCGGUGCAGUUUCUUCAGGAAUGCUGUGUGCUCUCAUCACCCUGUGUCAUCAGCUGGAGAAUGAAAAUGCUUUGGACGUCUACCAGGUGGCCAAGAUGAUCAACCUCAUGCGACCUGGGGUUUUCACGGACAUUGAGCAUUAUCAGUAUCUUUACAAAGCAAUGCUCAGCUUGGUCAGAAGUAAAGACACUGGACUUCAGUAUCGCUAUAUGGACAAAAAUGGGAAGAUUUCAAAAACAGACAAAGCCAAUGCAGCUGAAAGCAUGGAGUCCCUGGUUUAAGGACUUUGCAAACCAAGAACAGACAAGCUCAUUGGCAGACUUUCCUUGAGGCCUUUAUUUUUGCCACACUCAAUGGUGAAAUGAAAAAUAAAAUCGAGACAUUUUGUAUACUGAUAAAAAUUCUUUUGAUAUUUAUUUUUGCUGCUUUUUGUUAUCCUGCUGGGUGUCACCUCUAUUUCAACAGACACAAACACAGAACAAACUGCAGCUGUCUACCUUGCACUAAACUGUCAGUGUUACUGCCUGAUGCACGUUGAUUUCUACCUGUUCUGACUGUUGAGCUUUGCUCACUAGCUCUUUAGUUCUACUAGGAGGGUGAUCAACACUGCUUCUCGACUGAAGUCAACUACAGGUCAACAUCGAGAUAACACAUUAGCACAUAGAUAGCUGCAUCACACAUGCAAGAUGUUUUCAAUAAAGCUUCUUAUGUUCAACUUAUUACCUGCCAUGAUGAACCUUUCAUGCUAGAAAUUACUGUAUUAACGUUGGUUUUAUUUAUAUGUUAUAGAAAUGCCAUUUUCAGUCUUAUUUAGGGGUGCACAGCAACAGUCCUGGAGAGCCGGAGCAGAUGCUAAUGUAGUGGGGUCAUGGUGGCACAGAUGAUAUACUGCAUUAUAGCAAAAUGGGUCCUGGAGACCUGGGUUUAACCCUAGUCUGGGUCACUGUCUAAAAAAAUAUAUCUGGCUUCUGUACCUCCCACCUUCUUUACAAACACACAGAAGGUACAUUGGCUGCUCUAAGCUGCCCUUAAGUUGGUGAGUGAGUGAGUGAAUGAGAGUGAGUGAGUAAGUGAGAGGGUGAGUGUGAGUGAGUGAGUGAGAGUGAGUGAGAGGGUGAGUAUGAGUGAGUGAGAGGGUAAGUGAAUGUGAGUGAGUGAAUGUGAGUGAGAGGGUAAGUGUGAGUGAGUGAAUGAGAGGAUAAAUGUGAGAGUGUGAGUAAAUAGAUGUGAGUGAGUGAGUGAAUGUGAGUGAGGGGCGUGUUUCCCUGCAGUAGAUUGAAAGCCAUGUACGUACAUGGUGCUUUUCUGCCUAGCACCCAGUGUUUUUGUAUGGUAAAAGGCUUACUGUGACCCUGACCAGUGACCAGAUAUGAAUGGAUUAGUGAGUGAAUAAAUGGAAUAUUAAUAAAUAGUUAUAUUAAAUAAAUAUAGUUAAAAUCUGGCCAGCAGAAUUCUAAAUGACUUCUUGUAUAGCUACAAAGUGCACCAGUUAAGGUGUGAAAGUCAUCAUGUUGUAACCUAUGUAGUGCACAGAGCAGAAUGUAGGAAACCAUUUGGGAUUCCACCUAUGAUAGAAGUCAAACCAGACUAGUAUGAGUAAGGAAGAAACACACCAGGGGCAUGCACCGAGUUAUGUCUGGUUGGCUAAAUUUGUUAAUUUUUCUGAUUAAACAAUAUAAAUAGCGCUUUACAGAUUAGUCACAGCUAAUAGGUGUGGUUGAAUAGGAAAUGGACAGACUGUGCUAGUUCUCCAGGACUCAUCAUUUUGUACACCGGGUGUAACUUAUAUAAAUUUUAAUGUGGUAUCAUAACAGCGACUGUGAAUAUAUGUUAUUAGUAGAAUUUUUAUUGUUUUGUAAAAUAUAUAAAUAUAUUGAUCAUAAAA